AUGGCAGGCGACCAAGAGCUUGCAGAUCGCACCAAGACCGAGGCGCCCGCUGCCACAUGCUACAUUGACCCUGUCAAUGGCAAGGACGACGAGACCGCGGACGGCUCCGAGUCCAAGCCGUACCAGUCGUUGUAUCAUGCGCUGAUCCAGCACCUCGACAAGCCCGCGCCGACAUACCUUACUCUCGUCCCUCCCAAGGAGGGUGCCGACAGCGCUGAUGGACCCAGGUGGGAGGCGCCAGCAAAGAGUGCCAUGAAGAAGGCGCUUGCCCGCGUCGACGCCUACAAGAAGAAGCUGGCCAAAGAGCAGGCCUCGGCCAAGCAGGAGGAGGAAGAGCGCAAGCAGCGCCUCAAGAACCUGGAGGAGGCUAAGAAGAUCGUUCUCAAGGAGGAUCCGUCGCUGCCGCCGGCUGUGCGCAUCAAGCUCAACAACUUCGACGUCGAGCUCGGCGACGGCGAGAGCAAGAAAGGCACUCGCGUCAAGGUCUAUGGCCGUAUUCAGCACAUACGCGCUCAGAAGCACACGACUUUCAUUACAAUCAAGGACGGCUACGGCAUUCUUCAGUGCAUCUUCCCGACGGGUCCUCUGACCCAGAACUACGAGGCGCUUCUGUUCGCCCAGGAGACCGCCCUGGUUGUGUACGGUGAAAUGCGUGCCGUCCCCCCCGGCCACAAGGUUCCCGGCAACCGCGAACUGCACGUCGACUACUUUGAAGUUCUAGGCCGUGCGCCGUGCGAUCUAGACGCCAUCACCAAUAAGGUGUCGAUGCAGCAGGACGUCUGGGACGCUCAGAUGCUCGACAACCGCCACUUGGUGCUCCGCGGUGAGAACGCUUCGGCUGUGAUGAAGCUCCGUGAGGCCGUUGAGCUCGCGUUCAUUGACACCUACCGCGAGAUGGAGUUCCGCAAGGUUUCUCCCCCGGCCAUGGUGCAGACUCAGGUCGAGGGGGGUGCCACCCUCUUCAAGUACGACUACUAUGGCGAGGAGGCCUACCUCACGCAGUCGUCGCAGCUGUACCUCGAGACCGUCAUCCAGUCUCUGGGCAACGUGUACUGCAUUGAGAAGUCGUUCCGCGCCGAGAAGUCACUCACUCGCCGUCACCUCUCGGAAUACACCCACGUCGAGGCCGAGCUCGACUUCAUUGACUUCAACGACCUGCUGGACCACAUCGAGGAGCUCAUCUCGCGUGUUGUCGACAAGGUGCUUGCGGACGACACCGCCCGCGGCUACAUCGAGAAACUCAACCCCGGCUUUAAGAAACCGACCCGCCCGUUCCUGCGCAUGCGCUACGAGGAGGCUAUUGAGUGGCUUAACAAGCAAGAUCCUCCUAUCCUCAACGAGGAGGGCAAGCCGCAUCAGUUCGGCGACGACAUUGCUGAGGCUGCUGAGCGCAAGAUGACCGACAUUAUCAACCGCCCUAUCCUCCUCACGCACUUCCCUGUCGAGAUCAAGGCCUUCUACAUGAAGAAGGAUCCUAAGGACCCGAGAGUCACGGAGUCGGUCGAUGUUUUGAUGCCGGGUGUUGGCGAGAUCGUCGGCGGCUCUAUGCGUAUGGACGACUACGACGAGCUGAUUGAGGCUUACAAGAAGAACGGCAUUCCUCACGAGCCGUACUACUGGUACACUGACCAGCGCAAGUACGGCUCCUCUCCUCACGGUGGUUACGGUCUCGGACUCGAGCGCUUCCUCGCUUGGCUUGCCAACCAGCACACUGUCCGUACAACCUGCUUGUAUCCGCGCUUCAUGGGUCGCUGCAAGCCUUGA